AAGCAAAUCAAAAUAAAAACAGCAACUUUCUCAAGUCCCGAGUGCGUGCCUGUGACAUCGGCAGCCAUCUGUUUAUACAAUUAUCGGUUAAGAGCGAGUCAGUGGCGCGCGCUGUUCUUCCUAAAUGACUCCUUCAUGAGCGAUAUCCAUCGGGAUACUUAUUAGUGGGCCCACAUACGUCCCCCGAUUAGUACGCAUCCUGCAUCCGAACUGUAACAACUUUCAUAAGAACUCGCAAAUUAACUUAUUACAAAUCGUAAAGUAAAUUUUGUAUGAAAUAGUUUUAGUCUAUAUAGUUUUUUCACAAUGCAGAAUUUCCUAAAUUAUCAGUGUACGGAAGAAACAUGGGAACAGCGCAUGUUCUCCGUGAGUUCGUACCAACAUGCGGAUUCUCAGCCAGCCGCGAAGCAAAGGUGUCAGGCAAAUGCGCGCGAGAGGGACCGGACGCAGAACAGCGUCAACAUAGCAUUCAACACACUGCGGCUGCUCAUCCCUACGGAACCACCGGAUAGGAAGCUCAGCAAAAUCGAGAUCCUUCGCCUCGCUGGCAGCUACAUCACACACCUCGACAAUCAACUCUAUACCGGAGACUUGGAGCAGCCCUGUUUACAGAAGAAUGACGUAAGCGAGCAAGAUAAAUCACUGUGCACUUUUUGUUGGUCGGCCGUUAAAAAAGACAAGUCACCGCAGCCAGCUUCACAUAUGAAUUACUAUAAGUCUCCACGUUAAAGUCCUGCAUUCGAGUCACAUCCUAGUCCAAUAUCUACUCAUAAGUUUCAUAUAAAUUGCAUUUAUAACUUAUUUUGUACUUAUUUACAAGCGACUAUAAGCUAACAUAAUUUAGGUAUAUUUUUAUAAGGUAUUAAAAUAUAAUUGUAAAUAAUAUUAUGUACGAAUGGCAA